AGAGUCAGCUGAUUUUGAACGUGGAUUUGGAGAAGGUGGAUGUUUGUUGAAAAUACCCUUAAUUUACUACAAUAGUUAGAUUUCCUAGCCAAUUUUGAGAUAUAGCAGUUAUGUUGAGACCAAAAGCGUUAACGCAAGUUCUCAGCCAGGCGAAUACGGGCGGAGUACAAAGCACACUAUUACUAAAUAAUGAAGGGUCCCUGCUGGCUUACUCCGGUUAUGGGGACACAGACGCUCGAGUGACAGCCGCCAUUGCAAACAGCAUAUGGGCAGCCUAUGACAAGAAUGGACAUCAAGCCUUCAAUGAAGACAAACUCAAAUUCAUUCUGAUGGAUUGUAUGGAAGGAAGAGUGGCCAUAACACGAGUAGCCAACUUGCUGCUCUGCAUGUAUGCCAAAGAGACUGUGGGGUUCGGCAUGCUGAAAGCCAAGGCUGAGGCCCUUGUGCUUUACCUGGAGGAACCAUUAACCCAAGUUGCAGCAUCCUAGGGGAGAAUUUGUUUGCGACGCCACCGGUAGAUUUAUUUUGAAAAAACUGUUUGAUCCAGCUAAGAGAAUUUUGGAGCUAUUGUUGCAUAAUAUUUGUACACUUUGCCUGUUCUCCUUGAACCAUCAGUGUGAAUAUGUGUUGGGGAACUGUUUGUUUAUAUGCUGAAUAUUGUAUUUUUGACUCAAUGCUCCAAUAGGCCUUAAAUGCAAGCUUCAUACACAUGUAUGAAAUAUUUUGGCUGUGACUGCUUUCAUAAGCAUGGUUGUGUGCCAGGAAACACUGCUCUACUGUUGAUACAUUAACUUUGGUAGAUAUAUCUUAACUUUUUAUGCUAGCUAAAAUCGUAAUGUUGGUGUCCAUUAUCUCUAAUGCAUGUCCUAUUGAAAGAGGGUUACAGUAUUGGUAAUGAUUAGUUAUGUGAUAAAGGAUUGUGUAUAUUUAAAUUUCCUCUCAAAACUAUCAAAUUAUAUCAUGAAUAUUGUAUGCAUUUUGGUUUUGCUGUUGAGUAAAAACAAAAACAAGUGUG